AUGAGUGGGAGAAUCUACUGCGGAAGACUGCCUUCGGAGGCUCAAGAGAAGGAUCUUGAAACCUUGUUGAAAUCCAUCGGAAAAAUCCGCGAUGUUGAUUUCAGGGAAGGUUUUGCGUACGCUGUGUUCAAAGAUAGCCGCGAUGCUGACAGAGCCGUGCAAGAACUCAACGGCAGAGAAUUUAUGGGCCAGAGUAUUCUUGUAGAACGAGCGAAAGAGGUUAGAAAUGGAGUUGGUGGAUAUACUGUAGCUGGCGGUUAUACUGCUAGAGUUCGCCAACCAAAGCCCCCUCCCGUGCGAACAAAUCACAGAAUACGAGUUGAAAACCUUCCCGCAAGAGCAAAGUGGUCGGAACUCAAAGAGUUUAUGAGUGUAGCGGGUGAUGUAACUUUUGCAGAUACCCACAGGAGGAGGCCUGGUGAAGGACUUGUUGAGUUUGCAAGUAAGGAAGAUAUGAUAAAAGCAUUGGAAACUCUUAAUAAACGGGAGUUCCUUGGAAAGAAAAUAAGAUUAGUGGAAGAAACUCCUCGUUCCAACAGAGGUCGUUCUCAGUCACGCUCUAGGUCUAGAUCAGUGUCACCUAAAAACAGGAAAAGACAAUCCUCAUCACCUUCAAACUCAAAGAAACGGAGUUCACAGUCAAGUGACAGGUCAAUUUCACCAGAAAAGAGUAGAAAGCCGCGAUCAAAUUCUUUGUCGCCAUCUCAUUCAAGUCAUCGAAGGUCAACUCACUCAGAGUCAAACCAUACAUCAUCUGAACGGAGAAGGAGGUCUCAUUCUAAAUCACCAAAAAGGUCUCGUCACAAGUCAAGAUCUAGGUCGCAUUCCAAUUCACCUAAGAGGUCAAAUCGUAAAUCAACGUCAAAGUCACAUUCUAAGUCACCGAAGAGAUCUCACUGGAAGUCAAGAUCUAGGUCACAUUCUAAGUCGCCAAAGAGAUCUCAGCAUAAAUCAAGAUCUCGGUCACAAUCUAAGUCCCCAAAAAGAUCUUACCACAAAUCAAGAUCACUGUCUAAGUCACCAAAGAGGUCAAAGCCUAAAUCAAGAUCAGAGUCACAUUCUAAGUCCCCAAAGAGAUCACAUCACAGAUCAAGAUCUAGGUCCCACUCAAAGGCAAAAGGACAAACUGAAAGACAUUCCUCUUCAAAAUCUCAUAAAAGGAAAAAGCUUAAAGCCAGAUUGCGUUCGCGAUCAAGAUCUCCUAAAAAGCACAGGUCAUGA